AUGAACCUUGAUCUUCUUGAGAGUCGCAUAUAUGAGUUGGAGCGCCUGAUCCUUGGAGCCUCAGCUAUGCCCCUUCAAACAUCAUCCAAUCAGACCGUAUCGGAUUUGAUAGCCGAUGCCCAAAAGCAACUAUCACUGGCGGAGAAAUACCCGAAAAUUAAGGAGAUUUUGGAGAGAAGCAGCGAAUUGCGCAAGUACAUGGAUCCUAAUUUUCUGGACGAUCAAACAGUGGCCAAUGCAGCCAAAAUCAGGAUCAUUCUCUCGCUUGAGGCUGAAAUGCUGCAAACUGCCCGGGCCUUGGAGGCUCUCCAAUCCCUAAAGUCUGUACUCAAUCAUCCUGCCUAUUCGGACCUGUCAAGUUUGAAGGCGAAAUUCGCGACUAUCCAACAAAAGCAUGUGGAGCAGGAAGUGCAAGCAUCUGAUUUCAUAGAUGAAAGCAGUCGGCUUCUUGAGACCUAUGCGAAUACGACACGCGACAUGUCGAAGUUAUUGGUUGCCUGGCAGAAAAAAGUGGCUGCGAAGUGA